UAUCUGAAGUGUAACCCCAUUUACCAGUGUACUACAAUCAUAGUAGAUAUGCAUCUCCUUUUCAGAUCUAUUCGGGGUUAGCUUUGAGGAAAUAAAAUCAAGGGUUUCGACCAGAGCUGUUGCCUCUGCUUGCUCAGCUGAUCUCGCGUCUAUAUUUUUAGUAAAUCCAUCAGCAACCCUACCAGGAUCAUCUCUGCAGAUACAAGCUAUAGAUCCGUGCAGGGGGAGGGGUCUCUGUUGGGUGUGGGAAGAGCAGACGGCACUCUCGGAUCCCAGAUCUGGGUUCGCGUUUUGCUCCUGGCCGCUAGUCAUCUUCCCUCUCCGCUGAUCUCUACUUUCCCUCUGGUCGUCUACUGAGUUUCUGGGCAAAAAACUCUGUUGUGGAGUUGCAUUCUCGGAACCUAGAUUUGGGUUCUCGUUUUGCUCCUGGCUGCGAGUCAUCUUCCAUCUCUGCUAAUCUCUACUUUCCCUCUGGUCAUCUGCUGAAUUUCUGGGCAAAGAACUCUGAUGUGGAGUUUCGUUGUUGUCUGGGUGGGUCAACGCUAGUUGAAUCCGCUCCUCUUCCCGAAAUGUUGAAACGAACAGCAUGCAUCGCAGCCGUUCAAUUAGCAUAAAGAGUCUUGGACCGUUGGAUGGCCAGAACUCAGCAUCGUUCAAGCACCCACAAUAAGGAGGGUUGCGUGUGGGUAAUCCAACGUCGAAGGUGAGAAUCGGCGGAAAUCAUAGCAGUGAACGGAUUGUGUUGUUUGAGCACUCCUCCUCAGCUCUCAAUUGAGUUCUGAGAGACAUUUCUGCAAUUCCUAGAUCUAGGAUUCCAUACUCCUCUUCUUUUGAGGCUCCGCUCCAUCUAUCUCAAGAUGAUCAGAAAAGAGCCUCCUCAUUCAGAAGAUCUGCUAUACAGAGCGUCUUCGUCGUCGAGCUCUCCACAUGUAGGUGAUAAUGGUGGAACAAAAAGGCUGAAGGGAACUGAUUACGAAGUGUUCUUGAGCUUUAGAGGGGAAGACACUCGCAAAGGCUUCACCGAUCAUCUCUAUACUAGCCUUGUUGAUGCAGGAAUUCGCGUGUAUAGAGACAAUGAUGAGCUCCGAGUUGGUGACGAGAUUGGUUCGGAGCUUCUCCGCAGUAUCACGCAGUCUAAGAUUUCGAUCCCGAUUAUAUCUGAGGAUUAUGCUUCCAGCAAAUGGUGCCUUCAAGAGCUGGCUCAGAUGUUGAAGUGCAGGAGAAGUGGAGAGCAAGUAGUGUUGCCCAUAUUUUACAAAGUGGAACCCUCACAAGUGCGACAUCUCAAGGGGAGAUUUGGAGAUGCCAUCAAUGCACAUCAAAAAAAUUCGGGUCAAAUGGUUGUGAAGGAAUGGGAAGAAGCGCUCAACGAAGUCAGUUCCUUAAAAGGAUGGGAAUCGGAGAAAAUAGCUGAUGGGCAUGAAGCAGCAUUAGUGAGAACGGUUGUCAUAAGAGUUAUGAGAGAGAUAAAAGAAAAAUUCCUCCUAAAUGUUCCCGAACAGUUGGUGGCAAUUGAUGAUCGUGUGGAGCAAAUUAUGAGCAAGAUAGAUGCUAAUUUCAAUGGUACAUGGAUCAUUGGAAUCUAUGGAAUGGGCGGCAUCGGUAAGACAACUCUUGCAAAGGUGUUAUACAACAAGCUAUUUAGCGAUUUUGAGGAUUGUAGCUUUGUGGCAGAUAUUCGAGAAAAAUCUCACUGCGAGGGUAUUGAAUGCCUACAAAAGCAGCUCAUCUCAAAUUUAUUAAGAGAAUCGCGUGGGUUGUCUAAUGUCGAUGAGGGAAUAAGUGUACUCAAAUCCCAAUGUACAAAUAAGAAAGUCCUCGCUCUUCUUGAUGAUAUGGAUGAUAAUACUCAGUUGGAUGCUUUGAUCGGAGAUGGUAGUUGGUUUAAAGCAGGAAGUAUAGUCAUCAUCACAACUAGAAACAAGACUAUUCUUGACUACGCUAGAGCUAGCCAACCAUAUGAACUUGAAGAGUUGCCUUCGGAGCAAUCAUUGAUUUUAUUUAGUAGACAUGCAUUUCAAAAUGAUUUUCCUCCAAGUGAUUAUGAGCAUAUCUCUCAUGCUGCCGUAUCUAAUACUGGGGGUCUUCCUUUAGCACUUGAAGUUAUAGGCUCAUACUUAUGUGGAAAGACAAAGGAAGCAUGGAAAGAUGCAUUAAAGAAAUUGGAGAAAAUUCCUGCUAAGAAAGUGCAAGAGAGGUUGAAGAUAAGUUACGACAGCAUUAGAUUAUGCAGAGCAACAGAUUUUUUUGGAUAUUGCAUGUUUUUUCAUUGGAUCAUCUAAACAAAAUCCGACUUAUAUGUGGGAUGCUUGUGAUUUUUACCCGGAGAUUGGGAUUGAAGUAUUAAGGCUUAUGUCCCUAAUUAAAA